AUGCUUGAGAUGACUGUAAGCCGACCCAAACCAAGCUCAACUCCCUCUGACGAUUCCGCCGUCGGUGACGUAAAUUCCACUAGCAACAGCACGGUUGGCAGCAGCAAUGGUGAAACCGCUUCUUCGGACGCCAUCACGAGUGCCACUGAGAAUUUGUCGGAUACUUACUCCAAGCUCUCUGUAACAAAACGACAGUCCUCAAUUGGCUUGGAAAAUGGACCAGACUCAAGCGACCCCGGGAAAAUGUUCAUCGGCGGUCUCAGCCCCACCACAACUUCCGAGAAACUCCGCGAUUAUUUUCAAAAAUAUGGAGAAAUAAGAGAGUUCAUGAUUAUGCGCGACCCUUUAACAAAGCGUUCCCGCGGCUUCGGUUUUGUCACCUUCAAUGAUCCCAUGUGCGUGGAGAAAGUUCUUGAAGCAGCGCCACAUAUCCUCGACUCCAAAAAGAUCGACCCGAAAUUGGCCGUCCCUCGAAAACCCGGUCAAGGCGCAAAGUUAACCACACGGACAAAACGAGUCUUCGUUGGAGGAGUGGCUGCACAAACCACAAAUGAGGAGCUGAGCGAGUACUUUAGUCAGUACGGCAAAAUUGAGUCAUGUGAACUUAUGAUCGACAAGGCAACGAAUCGCCAUCGAGGUUUUGGAUUUGUCACUUUCGAAUCCGAAGAGGCUGCCGAGAAAGUGUGUGAUAUUCACUUUCAUGACCUACACAAUAAAAUGGUUGAGGCCAAAAAGGCUGUUCCCAAAGAAGUUAUGAGCUCCAACGGUUCUCUGCUCAAGCAACGACACCAAUUCCUGCGGCCUCAACUGCCUCCUUUUCUUCCGGUUUCCUUGAAUGGAGCUGCGGCUGCAGCGGCGACAUACACACUUGCCGCCACCUCUCCAGUCACCGCUCGACAACCAAGCGCCUAUGCCUAUCUACCAGGCUACUAUUUGUCCCCUGGUGAAUGCCCACUGUCCCAACCUCUGUCACUUUUCCUGCCGCCUACGGCUCUGCUCUCUCCCUACGCCAACAUGAUUUCGAUGUCCUGAUAAAUGUUAAUGCUUGGGUGAGCUUGAGGAUUCAGGUCUCACGCAAUAACAUCCUCGUCCACGUUGAUCGGUGAUGGUGCACAAACCUUCGUAUUGGCUUAAACCAGAUUGGUGUACCGUGCACUGCCUAUAUGAUCUCCGGCAAGUGCACACGCUCCGCUGCCCAUUUAACUGCGGACUCACAUCCUGAUCAGCACCACUUCGCACGCGUCCUACAGGGUACUUUAUUAUACCCUUAAGAUUUUUCGUGUUACUUUUGUUUUACCGCCAUCGCUUACGGCUGACAACAACAUAUGCUGUAAUCGUUCCCUUAUCUGUUUGGUGAUCACAUUGCUAUUCCUCGCGCCUCAUUCAUUUUUAUCUGGAAAAAAUAUCUUUCUCAUCUACGUGUUGUUUUUCCCCCACCAUUUUGUGUGUGUCUGUGUACGUUCGCCCCUCAACCCAUUGGGAAAAUCUGUCUUCCAGGCUCCUUUGGGCGAAUUAUGUGUGCAAGAGCACACGGAAACACGUGUUAUUUGCUCAGCUCGGUUACUUUUUCGGCGACUGAGAUUCGAACGAUGCCAUCUCACAUAUUACCUCUUCCUUGCUAUCCCACUUUCUCCCUCCCCCCCAACGAGUUUCUGUUCUCUCCUCGAGUUUCCCUCAGUGCUCGUCUUUGUCACACCGCCUAUGUGUCGUUAGGAGUUUUAGUGGCGCUGGAGCUGAGAAUCCACAGUUUCAACACACUCUCAAUUCUUGGAUAACUUUUCCGGCCGCGCCCGUUCAUCAUAUUGGCUCAGGCUGUAUUACCUUCCCGUUUCUCUGCGCUUUCUCACGUAUGUUCUUUUUGUGUACGUCUUUCACGGGACUUGGUGCGUGGACCAGCGAUAUUGGACAGAUCAACACUAUGGCUCCAACCCCGAUCACUACAGGUCUGAAUAUACGUACCAAGUGUUCAACCACCCUGACGUUUAUUGUGCAGCAGCUCCGAAAUCACGAGUAUCACCAGACUAACUCGCCAUUUUGUUUACGUACAAUCGUGACGGAAAUAACGCAUCUCCCCUUGUGAUUAUCACUGCUUAUUUUUUCUUUAUAUAUUGCACACUGAGCAACUUUUUGGUAAUCUUAUGUAUACUUGAGUUUUUAACGCUCAACGCCUGCGGCUCGUUUACCUGUUUGAUUGUAUCCACCAUUUGAGAGUUCACGCAACAUUUGUGUCUGGGAAUUGGGUGUUCUCGAAUCCUCCUCUUUCAUCUCUCGACUCAGGCUGUUGUACUCCUCCUCUUCUCUCCUUCAUUCUCACCCCUUUUGCAUCUAAAUUGCUCACAUCAUUUGCGGGUCUGUCACCUGUCUUCGCUUGCUUUUCCUUCCACAACUCGCAUCUAAUUUGAUUUCACCAAGCCACAGCUCACUAUCGUCGCCGCUUAUGUGUGUACGUAUGUAAAGCAAGAUGUAAAUGUCACGUUUGCCCCCUUUCUUCUUUUUGUUCUUUACCUUCUUCAUUUCCCCCUUUCACUUCCCUCAUUUUUGAGCUGGAAGAUGAAGCUGGAAAUCGCUCGCUCACAUCAAUCAAAUUCAAUAUUGCCUGUGUAUACAGUAAUGCAGACUGAAAAAUUAUUUUUAUGCUAACUCCUUUUUGUUUCUCUUUUCUUACUCGUCCGAUGAUUUGUUGUUGACUGUGACACAUCCUACCUGGCUCCCGUGCAUCCCGCCAUCGCUCAACCAACAACGUGAUCGCAGAGUUGCUCUCCUUUCCCCCGACGGCUGUUUUCAACGCUAAACAUUCGUCUUCACACUUAACCUACUGACUACAGUUUCUCCUCGACGAGAGUGCAACAAGCUUCCUGAUUCAGGCUUUGAACAUUAUCUGUCUCUCUCGAAUUUCGGUCAUUUAUCAUCAGAGAUCGCGCGGUAAUUUAUGGUACAAUUGUUGCCUUGUACUUUGACAGCGCGGUAUGACCUUACUGUGAAGCUAACAUCCCUUUUUUCCUCUCCGCUCCUUUUCGCUUCACGGGACACCUAUCCACAUUUGUACUUAUAUGCUAAUCGCCCAAGAAUAUAUUCUCCCCUUUAAGAACACCUC